UGGAGUGUUAGCUCUACAUGAAACAUCUGUUGAAUACAUUCUUUGGCCCUCCAGCCUUCAAUGAACGACAAGUCUAAGGGCAGGUACAGCUGGCAGCGUUGCUCGAAGUUAUAGUUCAUGAGCAGCAGUAGCAGCGCUGUCAAAAAUAGUAGCUGAUUCCAGCGACACCGUCUACUUGUGACUCGCUGUUGCAGAUUAAUUGGCGUUGAAGACGUGCCAACUGCACAGAAGUGUGUGACAGACAGUAAGGCCAGAAGUCAGUCCUGUGUGGCUGCUCUCACUGCAGCCUACAUCGUUCUGGCCUUGAUAUACUUAAGCCAUGCCAAUGUAAUAUUUACCGUGCUAGUACAUUUACUCUACGGGGUAUUAGUGUCCCUAAAACCCAUUCCCUCCACAUGAAUUAAUGUUGGCAAGUAUGUAAAUGCCGCCUGCUGGGCCACACGUUAAACAUUCAUUUCUCCAGAGGCCGAGCUUGUGCUGAUAGCAACAGAACCCUGCGCAUGCGCGCUACCCGGUAUUUAAAGGGGGAGGUGAAUGUUUCCCAAGUGUUUCAAACUGCUAUUCAGCUUUUCCGUGGUGUAUGUAGUGUAUGUGGGAAUAACAAGCUGCAACGCCGCUCCGGUGAUGCAGUGACCCCAAUCCGCAGCUCCCCGCACACUCUCCCUCGCAUCUCCAUGCACCUCAUGCCAGGAUCACCCCGCUGCCUUUCCCUUCCUGGAACAGCCGCUCUUCUUUGUGUUUCGUCCCCUGCGUGUUACUAGUCGGCGAGGAGACGGCUGCAUUUGUUACAGGAGGAGGGCUGGCAAGUGCUUUGCAGUGGGGAAAGAUCCUGGAUCAGACAGGAGCCCGACGCUGUUAGUGCUGGAGACUGCAGCUGCACAAGAUGCUGAGCCCGGCAAACGGAGAGCACAUUCACAUGGUCAACUAUGUGGAGGAUUACCUAGACUCCAUCGAGUCUCUGCCUUUUGAUCUCCAAAGAAAUGUAUCUUUGAUGAGGGAGAUCGACGCCAAAUACCAAGAAAUCCUAAAAGAAUUGGAUGACUACUAUGAAAAGUUUAAACGUGAAUCGGAUUCAGGCCAGAAAAAGCGACUUUUGCAAUUUAUCCAGCGAGCUCUUAUUCGUAGUCAAGAACUCGGUGAUGACAAAAUCCAGAUAGUAAGCCAAAUGGUGGAGUUGGUUGAGAACAGGACAAGGCAGGUAGACAGCCACGUGGAACUGUUUGAGACUUGCCAGGAUUUAAAUGACAGUACAAGCAACAGCAGCAAAAACAACCAGGAAAAACCCAAAAAUGAGGCCAUUGCCCAGACCGAGAAGUCCAGCAAUAAAAGAUCAAGGAGACAGCGGAACAAUGAAAAUAGAGAGAAUUCAACCAUCAACCAUGACCACGAUGACCUCAGUUCAGGAACGCCCAAGGAAAAGAAGUCAAAACCAUCAAAGAAGAAAAAGAGGUCCAAAGCCAAAGCUGAACGAGAGGCCUCCCCUGCCGAUCUUCCAAUUGAUCCUAAUGAACCCACAUACUGUCUGUGCAAUCAAGUUUCAUAUGGAGAAAUGAUUGGCUGUGAUAAUGAGGAAUGCCCCAUUGAGUGGUUUCACUUUUCUUGUGUUGGACUAAAUCAUAAACCGAAAGGAAAAUGGUACUGUCCUGAAUGUAGAGGAGAGAAUGAAAAAACCAUGGGAAAAGCACUUGAGAAGUCUAAAAAAGAAAGGACAUAUAAUAGGUAGUUCCCAGAAAAAAACUGGGAAAGGAAGUGAGGCAAAGAAUUGUAUUUAUUGUCAAUUGCACCUUGUGAAGGUGAAAGGAUUGCAGAUUGUUUAUUCUUGAUUUGAAGGAGAGGGGCAACCCAUUUCUGUUAUGGGGACAGCAAUAACAUUACCCUACUGUUGAACAGCAUCCACAAGGAAAUAUUUUCUGAGCCAAAUUACCACAGUGGCCUGUAAGAUACAAGCUCUGGGCCUUUUAUAUAUGAAUAUAGUUCAUACAACAGCUGUGUGGCAUGAUGGGUUAUAGUAGAACUUUAAAAUACAAACAUGCAAAGCACUGUGUCAUCCAUUUAUUUUACAUACGUAGUGAGUUGGUAUAAAUAUAUGUGUAUGCUAUAGCAAAAGGACUUAUUGUUCGUUGGGUUAUUUUUUUUUUUUACCACCUUGUCCUUUGUCAUUUCAGUAAACUGUAGGUAAAUGGAACUGAGCUGGAACUGGAAAGAACUAUGUUCUUUAUAAAGUAGAAUGGUGGCUAGCCAAAACAGUGGAAAUAACUAAAACAUAGGAGGAUUUAUUUUAAGGAGCAACACAACGGUUACAACUUACACAUUUUAUACUGCACUGGCCUGUUAUCCAGAAGGGGCAAUUUUAAAACAACUGAUUGCAUUUUUUUUAUUGAACCACACAGUGGUUUCACAGAUCAAGCUUUAUACACUGACAGGUAAUGGGGAAGCAAUCCUAAUUUGUAUAAAUGUACAUUUUAAAUGGAAUUGCACUUGAUGUAUUAUAACUGGAAAUGCAGUUAAAUGCCAUUGUGUAACCAAUGCGCAUUUCCCUUCUGUAUUUGUGAAGAUUGUACAGAUGUGAUAAUGAAAAUAAAUGACAGAUCUAUGGUA